AUGGAUUGUAUACGAAUUAUCAAAUGGCUCUUCAUUCCGAUUCAAUAUCCUUUAGGCUUUGUCUUAGCAAGAAACCCUAAUGCAUCCAUCAUGUUCUUACUGGGGAUUGAAAGCGGCACAAUGAAGCUUAUGUUAGAUUUUAUCUACGGAAAGGCGAUUAUGGUUGAUGAACUAAACGCUCAGGACCUUCUUAUAGGUGCUAACCAGCUCCUGCUGACCGCUAUAAGGGAUGCAGCCGGCGAGGUGCUCGGGAAAAUGAUCGAGAUACACAACGCAAUCAUCAUUAAAAACCUGGGUCAAAUGUUCGACUGCAAAGUGCUUGAGAACAGAGCUGAGAUAUUUAUCCUCGAGAGAUUUGAAUAUGUUUGCCAAACAGAGGACUUCUUGAAGCUCGAAGCCCAGGAGAUUUUGAGACACCUAGAGAACGACAAGAUUAUGGUGAAAUCGGAGGAAACAAUCUUUAACUGUAUUCUUAGAUGGAUAGAAAAGGAACCAGCUAUUAGGAAGAAACAUUUUGAUUUCCUCAUUUCAGCUGUCAGAUUCCCCCUGCUGUCUGAGCACACCCUUGAGCGCCUGAAGACGUCUGGUGACCCUGAUUAUGUACAGAAGAGCUCAAGAUGUCAAGAGUUGAUCAAGGAGGCGCUUGCCUUCAGAAGAGAUCACAAGAACAAUGUAAAGAGACCACUUUACAGGGGAUUCAAUCAGAUGUUGUUGCUGCAGAGUAGUAAAUCCUACCUCAAAACUCCGCCGGUCAUAUUUGACUUUGCGAAAUCAAGCUGGGUGGCCUUAGAAGCCCCAACACCCCCCUGUAAGCACAGGGAUGACAGUACGUUUGAAUACCUGGACAAUACAGUUUAUUCUAUAGGAGGAGAAACAUCUCAAGAGGCCCCCAACGAACCUUUCAUGGAGAACCCGCGGACAAUUAUAGUAAGCCGGGAUGUGUAUUUCUACUGUUUAGAGGAAUUCUAUUGGAGCAAGCAUUCAAAACUAAAUAUUCCAAGAAAAAGGCAUGCCUCGAUUAUGGUUGGAAGUACGUGUUAUGUACUGGGAGGGUAUACAACCAACAGCCAGCCCACGGACAGCGUGGAGAUGAUCAACCUUAGAACUGACUCUAACCACUGGAAGCUGGUGGCGCCCAUGCUGAACAAGAGAGUAUCUUUCGGUGUUGUUGAACUCAAUGGUUGUAUUUAUGCUAUCGGAGGCUGGGACGGACAGAAUAUAGUGAAAAGUAUUGAAAAAUUCGACCCUAACACGGGAAAGUGGACUCAUGUCACAGACUACAUAAAUAUGAGGAUGAAGUUCGGAGUAGCUGCAAUGGAUGGCAAGAUAUUUAUAGUCGGAGGAUGUCUGCAAACCUAUGAUACCUGUUACACCUCGGAGUACUACGAUUUAGAGAAAGAUUUAUGGACGAGUAUACCGGAGCCUAAACAUGCAAGAUCCAACCCUGUCCUAAUCCCAUACAGGGGUAAACUUUACCUCUUUGGCGGAGAAGGAACCUCCCAGGGUGCUGUAGAAUGUUUUGAUUUCCAUUCUAAACAUUGGACAGUUCUUCAGACCAAGGUCAAGCAAUUCAUCAAUGGUGGAUACACAGGUUGCUUGGUGGAUAAACCCUGGGACUGGGAUGAAGUACAGAUAAACCAACUGAAGGCGAGACAAAAUAUUAAGAAGAUGUUGGUCGGACACGGUCUUAAUGUCGUCCAGAAUAUGGCCGCCGGAUACUAUGAUGCGUCAUCAUCUUAACCCUGACACAGGAGACGCUGAGCAGUGAGCAUCACUCAAGAAAAUUAUAACUUUAAUUUUCUCAAGUUUCUCGAUAUAGUUAUUUAAAAGGAGUGUUAGUGUAAAAUGAAAGGGUGUGUGGGUCGAUAUCUAAUUUUAUUAGCAAUAGAUUAAUAACGUUAAUAAUAUUUGAUACUAAACCGUUCUUGUCUUGCACAUCUAAUCUAAGGUUAAUACACAAUUGUAUAAAUUUGAUUCUCUUUACUCUUUAUUUUCUUCUGAAGGACCUAUUUAGAAAUCAACCUCUAUGCCCCUAUUUGUUUUUGUUUAACACUCCCCAUUAGAAACUUUGUUUACGGGUCUCUAUCAUGUAUGUAUUUGUUUACGGGUCUGUAUCAUGUAUGUAUUUGUUUACAGGUCUGUAUCAUGUAUGUAUUUAUUUACGGGUCUGUAUCAUGUAUGUAUUUGUUUACAGGUCUGUAUCAUGUAUGUAUUUGUUUACAGGUCUGCAUCAUGUAUGUAUUUGUUUACGGGUAUGCAUCAUGUAUGUAUUAACCCAAGUAAUCUCUAAUUUGCAUUGUUUUUACCGACAAAUCUACUCUCAAUGUAGUAAUUAAAAACUUUUUUAAAAAAUAUUUUUUUCUCUUUAUCUCUCAACACAAAAGCAUUUUGACAUGUCGAUGUUACUCUUGUCUAUU